CAAUAAUUUGCCACGCAAUGAAGAAAAACUUCCUAUUCGCCUUCAUCGCCGCGUUGACCUACAAUACAGAGAGCGCUGCUGUAUCUCCGUGCGAGAAUAUCUCAGGCGAUUGGACAUCGACGAAACCCACAGUAUUCGAACUAUCUGAACCCUCCACGGUAAAUCAAAUAUCUGUUCAGCCGAUAACCCCCAAGUACUCACACAUCUGGUCACUUGAGCAGAACGGUUGUCUCAUCUACGGCACUAAUUUUUGGACUAGUGUUCAGAUGGAUGACGAUACCGGUUUACCGUUGGUGACUGGAUCUCAACUUGUACAUGGAGUCAUGACACCUGUAGGACUGGCUGUAAUUUCCGAAAAAAAAUACCACUCCAGUACACACUAACGCAGCAGUUAAGAUGCAAUUCUAUGUGACUCUCUUGGAUAAUGGAGAUUUGAAAGUGGUAUCAGACAAUACCAACGUUGAUGGUAACGCUAUCCUUUACGAUGGGCAGUUUAUGAAAACAGCCAGUUGAAAUAAGAUCUAGCUAUCGUUCCGAAGUGGAGUACAUAGAAAUGGCCAGUGUCACACCGAUCAAGAUCGAGUUCUGCUACGCGACUUUCCUGAAUUUCGGGGAUUCGCAUUUAUCUCACACAGGAGGGAUUUCUUGUAAAAGACAGAAGUUUAAACAGUGAAAAACUUCUCUAUAUUUCGUAUCUGCCACACACUGCUGCUGAUAUCCUUGAUUUGAUUUGGAAGUUUGCGAAAGAUGUCUUUACUUUAUCUUUCAACGUUUUAUAUUCUUAUCACAUUAAAUAUAUCCAUAUAACAGAAG